AAAACUCACGGCAUUUGUAGCGAAAAGGGAAGAAGCGAGCGUUGAAAAUUUGAGAGGAUUGGAGAUCUGAAAGAUUAAGAGAGACGUGGUGGUUGUGGAGAGAGAGCAGAAAGGUAAGAAGAAAACAGAGCACAGUUGGUACCGUUCCCGCAGGCUACGCAGCACAAACCAGAGAAUGUUAGAUAUCUUGCAAUUUAUUGAAGAGAAGGGUGGUAACCCACAGGCGAUUAAGGAGUCCCAAAAGAAGAGAGGUGCUUCUGUCGAGCUCGUUGAUGAGAUUAUCAGCGAGUACAAGGAAUGGGUCAGGUUGAGAUUCGUUGCUGACGAACUCAACAAGAAGCUCAACAAGGUCCAGAAGGAGAUUGGGUUGAAAUUCAAGGCGAAGGAGGACGCAUCCGAGCUACUCAAGGAGAAGGACACCAUCAUUGCGGAGAAGAAGGAGGCCAUUGACAAGGAGCAAGAGGCCGACAAGCAACUCAGACAGAAGGUGUACUUGGUCGGUAACAUUGUCCACGAAUCCGUUGUUGUUUCCCAGGAUGAAGAAAACAACGAGCUGGUCAAAACCUGGACCCCAGAGGGCUUGGAGUUUGAGAAGUUGACCGACGUUGCAACUGCCACCGGCAAGCCAGCUAAGUUGUCGCACCACGAAGUCUUGCUCAGAUUGGACGGUUACGACCCAGAAAGAGGUGUCAAGAUUGUUGGUCACAGAGGUUACUUUUUGAGACAGUACGGUGUUUUCCUCAACCAAGCUUUGAUCAACUACGGCUUGUCGUUCUUGGCAUCGAAGGGUUACACUCCAUUGCAAUCUCCUGUCAUGAUGAACAAGGACGUCAUGGCCAAGACCGCCCAAUUGUCCGAGUUCGACGAAGAACUAUACAAGGUCACCGACGGCGAUGAUGAAAAGUACUUGAUCGCCACCUCCGAGCAACCCAUCUCCGCCUACCACUCCAACGAAUGGUUUGAGUCUCCUGCAGAACAGCUACCAGUCCAAUACGCAGGUUACUCCUCUUGUUUCAGAAGGGAAGCUGGCUCUCAUGGUAAAGAUGCUUGGGGUAUCUUCAGAGUCCACGCUUUCGAGAAAAUCGAGCAAUUCUGCAUCACUGAGCCGGACAAGUCAUGGGAAAUGUUCGACACCAUGAUCGCCAACUCCGAAGCCUUCUACCAAUCCUUGGGCAUUCCAUACAGAGUCGUUGGUAUUGUCUCCGGUGAAUUGAACAACGCUGCUGCAAAGAAGUAUGAUUUGGAGGCUUGGUUUCCAUUCCAAAAGGAGUUCAAAGAAUUGGUCUCCUGCUCAAACUGUACCGACUAUCAGUCAAGAAACUUGGAGAUAAGAUGUGGUGUGAAAACCCAAAACCAAAAGGAAAAGAAAUACGUCCACUGCUUGAACUCUACUUUAUGUGCUACCGAGCGUGCUCUUUGCUGUAUCUUGGAAAACUAUCAAACCGAAGAUGGUUUGGUCAUUCCAGAAGUAUUGAGAAAGUAUAUCCCUGGUGAACCAGAAUUCAUUCCAUUCGUAAAGGCAUUGCCAAAGAACUCCACCUCCAACAAGAAGAAGUAGAUGCGCUAGAUCUUUACUGUAGUAUCGUUACAUGUAUCUCCCCCUCCCCCCAUUAUAUAGAUAUUUCUUCAUCAGAUAAUACUUUAAUAACUGCCGA